AAUUGAUUGUGCGUCCAAAAAAGUUGGUUGGUCAAUGGUGAUGUACACCGUCAGCUUGCAAGAUUGCAUUAUAUAACCAUUAUGUCCUCUGUUCUCUGUGAUACCCAGAUCUGAAGUUUUCGUAAUUCCCUAUUUUCAAUCUGAAGCUGGACGAAAAAAAAUCGAAAUUCAGGAAGGAAAUCAAUUAUGGCUCAACCCACAAAUCUCACAAGGAUUGGCCUUGCUGGACUGGCUGUAAUGGGCCAAAAUCUUGCCCUCAAUAUUGCUGAGAAAGGAUUCUCCAUUUCGGUGUAUAACCGAAGCACAUCCAAGGUUGAUGAGACUGUUGAACGGGCAAAACAGGAAGGAGAACUUCCUCUUUAUGGUUUUCAUGACCCUGAAUCUUUUGUCCUUUCCAUUCAAAAACCUAGGGUCAUAAUAAUUCUUGUGAAGGCUGGAGCACCUGUUGACCAGACUAUUAAGACCCUAUCUGCAUUCAUGGAGAAAGGUGAUUGCAUCAUUGAUGGUGGUAAUGAGUGGUAUGAGAAUACUGAGAGGCGUGAGAAAGAAAUGGCUGGAUUGGGUCUUCUCUAUCUUGGGAUGGGAGUUUCUGGUGGGGAGGAGGGUGCUCGAAAUGGUCCCUCAUUGAUGCCUGGUGGUUCAUUUGAGGCUUACAAAUACAUAGAAGAUAUUCUUCUCAAGGUGGCAGCUCAAGUCCCUGAAAGUGGUCCCUGUGUGACAUAUGUUGGUAAGGGUGGAUCUGGUAACUUUGUGAAGAUGGUUCAUAAUGGAAUCGAAUAUGGUGACAUGCAGCUGAUUGCAGAGGCUUAUGAUGUACUGAAGACUGUUGGAAAGUUGUCAAACGAUGAACUACAAAGCGUCUUCUCAGAGUGGAACAAGGGAGAACUUCUAAGUUUCCUGAUUGAAAUCACCGCAGAUAUAUUUGGAAUUAAGGAUGAUAAAGGAGAUGGCUAUCUGGUUGACAAGGUUUUGGACAAAACAGGCAUGAAGGGUACUGGUAAAUGGACUGUACAGCAAGCUGCUGAAUUAUCAGUUGCUGCUCCUACUAUUGAAUCUUCUUUGGAUGCUAGGUUCCUUAGUGGGUUAAAGGAGGAAAGAGUUGAAGCUGCAAAGGUCUUCAAAUCAGGUGGCUUUGGUGAUAUCUUGACUGAUCAGCCUGUGGACAAGCAGAAGUUGAUUGAUGACGUUAGGCAAGCUCUUUAUGCUGCCAAAAUCUGCAGUUAUGCACAGGGAAUGAAUCUGAUCCGUGCAAAGAGUAUUGAAAAGGGGUGGGAUUUGAAGUUGGGAGAAUUGGCUAGGAUUUGGAAGGGGGGUUGCAUCAUAAGAGCAAUUUUCUUGGACAGAAUCAAGAAAGCUUAUGACAGAAAUCCAAGUCUUGCAAACCUUUUAGUGGAUCCUGAGUUCGCAAAAGAGAUGAUCGAUCGGCAAUCUGCUUGGAGAAGAGUUGUUUGCCUUGCCAUCAACUCUGGCAUUAGCACCCCGGGUAUGUCUGCUAGUCUUGCUUAUUUUGAUUCAUACCGAAGGGAAAGAUUGCCAGCUAACUUAGUACAAGCUCAACGAGACUACUUUGGCGCUCAUACAUAUGAAAGGAUCGAUGUGGAGGGGUCUUUCCACACUGAGUGGUUCAAGCUUGCCAAACAUACAAGGACCUAAGGUUACCCACAUUUAUGCACGCAUUCAAACUCCGAAUAAAUGUAACAUUUUCUGCUCAAAAUAUAUUUUGAGUGGAGCUUACAUAACUGCAAUGUGGUGAAAUUUUGUUUCAUUAUAUCCAUCUAAAUUACUCGGUUUUGUAGUUCCAUUUUGUUUAAUGAUAUCUAUGCUCUGCUGAUCCCGCUGAAUGUUUUUGCUCCGAUCAAUAA